UCGGAUGCAGUGUGGCGACCAGCUGGUGUCUGCUGCCCUUGGGGCGUUUCCUUAGGGACUGACCGGGCGCCGCGGGACGACAGGCAAGGGAAGGAGUGGCGGUGUGAAGCGAUUGAGUUGAGCUGUGGCAGAGCGAGCCUGGUGCUGAAGACAACAGCUCCGCUCAGCACCGCCGUAUGGCACUGGGAAGAUGUGAUGCUGUGCUGUUUACAUCCAGCGUUGAGGCAUCUUUCCCCUCUCGGGGGCGGAUUGGUGCGCGUUGAAGACCGGUUCGCUCUCGUUUUGGACUGAAGGAUAUUCUGUGUGGACGGUCCACCCCGGAGGCUCGGAGAGUUCUGUCCAUUUGUGACUGGGGAGAGGGCAAUGGACAUGAACGUGAAGAAAUUUACAGUGCGGCGCUUCUUCUCAGUCUACCUGCGCAAGAAAUCUCGAUGCAAGAGUUCAAGUUUAAGUAAAUACGAGGAUGAAGGUAUUGUGAAGGAAAUAGAUAUCAGCAACCAUGUGAAGGAAGGUUUUGAAAAAGCAGAUCCCUCUCAGUUCGAAUUGCUUAAAGUGUUGGGCCAAGGAUCCUAUGGAAAAGUAUUUCUUGUUAAAAAAAUCAAAGGUUCUGAUGCUGGGCAACUCUAUGCUAUGAAGGUUCUAAAGAAGGCCACUCUGAAAGUGCGUGAUCGAGUCAGAUCAAAAAUGGAACGAGACAUUUUGGCUGAAGUCAAUCACCCUUUUAUAGUAAAGUUGCACUAUGCAUUCCAGACUGAAGGAAAAUUGUAUCUGAUUUUAGAUUUUCUAAGAGGUGGUGACCUUUUUACAAGAUUAUCCAAAGAGGUGAUGUUCACAGAAGAAGAUGUCAAAUUCUAUCUAGCUGAGCUUGCCUUGGCAUUAGAUCACCUCCAUGGCCUUGGGAUCAUUUAUAGGGACUUAAAACCAGAAAAUGUACUUCUAGAUGAAGAUGGUCAUAUUAAAAUAACAGACUUUGGGCUCAGCAAGGAAGCUGUUGACCAUGACAAGAGAGCCUAUUCCUUCUGUGGGACAAUAGAGUACAUGGCUCCUGAGGUAGUCAACCGCCGUGGUCAUACACAAAGUGCAGACUGGUGGUCCUUUGGUGUUUUAAUGUUUGAAAUGUUGACGGGGUCAUUGCCUUUCCAAGGAAAGGACAGAAAGGAAACCAUGGCACUUAUCCUCAAAGCCAAACUGGGAAUGCCACAAUUCUUAAGCCCAGAAGCCCAAAGCCUUUUGCGAGCACUAUUCAAGCGGAACCCUUGCAACAGACUAGGUGCCGGACCUGAUGGAGUUGAGGAGAUAAAACGGCACUGUUUCUUUGGAACUAUAGAUUGGAAUAAAUUAUACAGGAAGGAAAUCAAACCACCAUUUAAACCAGCUGUAGGGAGACCAGAGGAUACAUUCCACUUUGAUCCUGAAUUCACAUCAAGGACACCAACAGACUCACCUGGUGUCCCUCCAAGUGCCAAUGCACAUCAGCUUUUCCGAGGUUUCAGUUUUGUCGCCACCAACCUUGGCCAAGAGCAGACUCAGUCUGAUUCUCGACAGCUGAUUGACCAUUCAAUGGUGCAGCAGUUACACGGGAAUAGUAUUCAUUUCACCGAUGGAUAUGAGUUGAAAGAAGAUGUUGGCGUGGGGUCGUACUCGGUAUGCAAGCGUUGUGUUCACAAAAUCACAUCAGUGGAAUAUGCUGUGAAGAUUAUUGAUAAAAGCAAAAGAGAUCCAUCAGAGGAAAUUGAAAUUUUACUACGAUAUGGACAGCAUCCAAAUAUUAUCACCUUGAAGGAUGUUUAUGAUGAUGGAAAAUAUUUGUACCUUGUCAUGGAACUAAUGAGAGGAGGGGAGCUACUUGAUCGUAUUCUACGGCAGAAGUGUUUCUCAGAGAGAGAGGCCAGCGCAGUACUCUAUACUAUUACCAAAACUGUGGAAUAUUUACAUUCCCAAGGAGUUGUUCAUCGAGACCUGAAACCAAGCAACAUUCUGUAUGUGGAUGAGUCAGGAAACCCAGAAUCCAUUAGAAUUUGUGACUUCGGUUUUGCAAAGCAGCUCCGAGCUGAAAAUGGUCUUCUAAUGACUCCGUGCUACACUGCAAAUUUUGUUGCCCCUGAGGUACUCAAGAGGCAGGGAUACGAUGCAGCCUGUGAUAUGUGGAGUUUAGGAAUUCUGCUCUACACUAUGCUGGCAGGGUUCACACCGUUUGCAAAUGGGCCUGAUGAUACUCCAGAAGAAAUCCUUGCACGCAUUGGAAGUGGGAAAUAUGCCCUCACUGGAGGAAACUGGGACACCAUUUCAGAUGCCGCUAAGGAUAUGGUAUCCAAGAUGCUGCAUGUAGAUCCUCAUCAAAGGCAUACAGCAGUGCAGGUCCUUCGACACCCCUGGAUAGUGAACCGAGAAUACCUAUCACAGAAUCAGCUCAGCAGACACGAUGCCCAUUUGGUCAAGGGUGCAAUGGCUGCCACCUAUUUUGCUUUAAACCGUACACCUCAGGCACCAAGAUUAGAAGCUGUCUUGGCCUCAAACCUGGCUCAGCGAAGGGGAAUGAAAAGACUGACUUCUACAAGACUAUAACAGCUAUCGUAUGCUACUUGUAGGGAAUUUUCUUUUAAUUAUGUAUAAAAAUACUUGAACUUCUCUUGGCCCAAUACAAGAGACCUCAAAUGAUCCAAAGUAUUCAGAGAUUUUUGCCUAGUUUCAGGCUCUGUUAUGAAGUAUUCAACAGACAAAGGGUCAUUCAUCGAACUUGAUGCACUGCAAAGGAUAAAAGGAGAUGAACAAGACUAAAUUCCUUUUCUAAAUUAGCAAAAGUGUCUUUGCAUUUUGCCUGAUGAUGAUUGAAAAGAACAGACAAACUCUGGCUGUGAAAGAUGGACUUAACCUGCUUCAUACCUAAAUGGAACAGCAUAACCACAAAAGUGCUUUGAGAAAACACUUGUAAUCAACCCUCUGUAAACUGAAGUAAUGCGCUUCCCUCUUAAUUGCUUAAAAAAGAAUUAAGGUGGGAAAAGAUGCAGACUGAAGCAAACAGAUUUCUGCAAAGAGCAUCCUGCUUGACCGGGCCUGUAGAAUCUGAACUGUUUAUUUUGCUUUACCUUUUUUUUAAGGCAGAUUUUCACUGGGAAGGAAAUUUCUGGGAUCCAAUUAAUCAUCCUCACUGAUAUUUUCAUAUUGUAUAAUUGCAAUACUUUUAAAUGUUCUGCAGUAAUGUGAAAAAGAACUAAGCACAUGCAUAGUAGGGAGAAGUCAAGGCUUAUAAGUACUGUCUUCUCAGUGGUAGGUGCAUGUGGAGUACUGUAGUGAAGCAAGCUGAAUGUGGACUAUUUAGUUCUAUCUCUAGGCAUUAGAUUUAUCUUGAACCUGUGGUACUGUAUAAUGUAUUUAUAUGUUGAAAAGAAUGGUAUGCCUUAAUGCGGCAUUAUUAGUUAUAAAGUCAGUGGUCCAAUGAUUCCACUAAUAAGAAUCAAGAAAGCCGAUAGGAUGUUUUUUCCUUCUCACUGCACUUCUUCCUGCCCCCUCCUCGCCUGGACAUGUGAACUUCCACUAAGGUCUUUGUCACCAGUCUCGUUCCAGCAGUUCACUUAAGGUCAUUUCUUGUGUGUGAGCUUUGGUGGGAAGUGCAAGCAGGUGGUUCAAUCACAAGGGGACCUGUAGCCAAACCUGAUCCUGGCCUCAUCCAACAUGAGGAUCAGCGCCAUCGCCCCAGUUGGUGCAAGGAACCCUGUGCAAUUUUGCCCUCCUUGUAUUUAAGAAUAUUGGAUGCUUAAAAAAGGUAUAUAUUGGAUAAAAUUAAUUUUGUUUCAACUCAAAGUAAAGCACAGGACUAAGAAAGAUGCAAUUCAGCUAAACGACAACCAAUAGUUACUUACCCAGUCUCUAGUCCAUGUGGAGAUUGUAUCCAACCAUUUGGAAAAUUAAACAAGUAAAACUCAUUUCACUCCAAGUAAUAAUGACAGCAAAGAACGGAGUACUUCGUUGUUGCAAAAAUAUCACAUUUUGGAUAUCAUUAUUCAGGACAUAAAGAUGCCAUUACUUAUGCAAAGAACAGAAAAAAUCUUGGGGUUAAAAUCCCCAAAGUCACAUUUCACUAAUCAGUUAAAUGAAGAAAUGAUUUCUAUAAUGCCUUCAACAUCCCUUUCUGAAUACCUCAAAGCCCUGUACAGUCAUUGAAGUAUGUUCAAGUGUAGCCAUUGUUGUAAUGUAGGAAACAUGACAAUUUAAUUUGAAGACAUCCAGGAAAUUAUAGUGGCUAGUAUAGUCUAGUGGCAAAAAACCAGAAUCAGUGCUGAGAAACCCAUUUUAAUUUGCCUGUCAGUGAUGGUUGAGCUGGCCUACAUGUUGCCGGAGACACUCGCUCUCUGACGACAACAUCCAGAAGUGAAUCUGCAGGAACUGUAAGGCUUUUUCUGAUUUCCUGGCCUGCUGCCUUAACUAAUUGAAUGCAGAACCCCUGCUAUCGUCUGCUUGUCUGCAUGCAGCCUUUCAGAUAAUUAUGCUCAUGAAGAGGGCUUAUAUUCAUAAAGAGGAGAAGAAUGUUGCAUAUAUUGGCCCAAAACAUGUUGUCAACAUAAUGGUAAAGCUAAUGCCACUUACAAAAUGUUCUUUGUCAGUAAAUGCAUCAGUAAACUUAUAUGAGGGUAGGUAUGCAAUUAACUCGUGGAGGUCCAAAGGUUGGCCUUCAUGAUUUGCCUCUCAACCAUUAUCUUUAUGAAAAUGACAUCUUGUUGAAUGGUUUGCCUUUCAAAUGUACUGGAUGGUAUGAAGCUGCUGAUACAAUCUAAACUUGCGAGAGAAUUUUAGAGCCUGGCUAUUUUUAUAUGAAUACCUUUUCAAUUGCUUGAUAAGAAUUGGUAAUUGCCUAUCAUCUCUGCACUGGAAAUAUAGGAAGUAGAGAAUCUCAUUACUUCAAUGGCUAUUGGAGACCUUUUGCUUUAUUUGGUUUCUUCUAAAUCCAGGGUUUUUUUUCAUUCUCUUAUCUCCUUUAUCUGAUUCAGCAUCGAAUUUGCCAACUCGAACUUGCACUUCCUUCUCAUUUCAUGCAUUGUUCAUUUCACAGUCCUUCAAGGUGAUUGUUUAGGGAGAUACAAGCCUAAUAAUUCAUCCCUGGUUAGAAUCACUAAUCAUGUUAUAUCAUCAUGAAGUCAGCAAAAUGAAUUUCAGAGACGGAGUACCAUCUAAUGAUGUGACUAGAUUGUGCAUUUAGUGGUAUUGAUAGGAAGGAGUUUCAACUAUACAAUAGGUUAUCUUGCUCAUCCAGAUCUCAGAUACCCUGUAGAAAGCCCCACACUGAUUCCAUCUUGCUUUUCCAACAACUUGCAGGGCAAAAUAUGAUUGCCAUUCAGCAGCCAAGACAUGUUUAACUAACAGUGGACACCAUUUUUUGUUCCCUUGUGCGCCUCCCCAACCUCACCCCAGCAAUUUUUGGCAUUAUUUUGAACUGAUACUCAUGCUACAUUAAUUAACAGAGAAUCCACUUAAAUAUGUGAUUAUUCUAACUGCAUCUAAAUGAUUAAAAAAAACACUCUUGAGGAGCUAAAAUCUCCCUAAGCAUAAUAAUCAAAUGGAGGCAUGUCAAAUUGCUUGGAGUGCUACUUUAGUAAAUCAUCCGGCUACUAUAAGGAUUAAUGAAAGCAGCACAGGAAUUUGCUUCAGACAUUUACUGUAAGUCAAAUCUAUUGAAAAUGCAAUGCUCUUGCUCCCUCAUUUAUUGUUCUCCAAUGGCCAAAUUGAGAGAAUUGAAAAUAUGAACAGGAAACCCUUGGGGUUUACCUCCUUCCUCUGGUGAAAUAAUGCUGACAAAGAGAAAGUAGCUCCAAAGAUUUUCCCAGCCUCUAUGUUGCCUUGUGGUUGGAGCUCUUUCCAAACUCUUAGUCAGGAAGACAAGUGGCAAAAGACAAAUUCUGAUAGAGCUCCUCUCCCUGAUCAUGCAUCACACAGAGCAGCCAAAGACUUAAGGGGUUUCUGACAACUAAGCACUUUCAGGAUCCACCCUAAGCUCUGAAGAAUAAUAAUUCACUCUGCUCAUACAUAAAACCUCUCUGCAGCAUUUGUAUCCUCAAUCAACAAACUGGCAGCUUGAGAAUUCACAUUUUUCAUUGCUGCACCUCGCCCCAUACUGUGUUCACUAACUAUCAUUUUGACAGGUGAGCAACACUUGAAUUGUGAGCCAUUGUCAUCUGAUCUGUCAGAGGUUGCCAUACAUACCUCUGACUGUAAGGCAAAGGCUUGACCAUCACCUUGGUGCAACAAUAUAAUCUGAGAGUCAACUCGUUUAGCCAAAACAAGCAAGUGUUUUGGUUAAGUGAGUUGACUCCCAGAUCAUACUGUUAGGAUCAUUUUUCUGAUGUAGUUCCUUGGGAUCAAGGGUGACUUGUUUCCAUUCAAGUUCUGUGUGCUCUGAGGUAGCUAAUGAAAUCAGUGUGGGAACUGCAGAGUCUUCCACAGAUGGGGCUGGAGCUAAGUUGACAUGAAUGCAGAGUCUUCAGGAUUCCUACCAGUUUUCUGCCAUAGAAAAUAAACUGCACAAUGUUUCCCUGAUAGAGUUACAAUCGUAUCCAAGGUUGUGUCUGUGAGCAUGAGGAAGCAAUUAUCACAACUAAUUUUUACUUGUCUAAGAAUGCAACCACUUUCAGUAAAGGCAAAUCAUACAUUGUAUCCAUCAUGGGAGAAACUCUAGGCAAUAAUCACGAAAGCCUGUUGUCAAAAUUCACUCAUUUUCAGUUGUAUGAAAAAUAAGUAACAAGCAGUCCUUUACACUGACCCUUUCCCAUUCCCUCCAACCAUCGUUCUUACACAACAGGUCAAUAGAGAACUGUUGUAAUCAGACCUCUAAUUAUCUGCAUUGAGCUGGUUCAAAUAGGGAUCACUCUGCUCUCCCCCUUCUUGUCUGUUGAUGCAUUUUGUAUUAUAAUCAGACUUGCAUUUUAGCCAGAACCUGAGCACCUAGUCAGUCAUAACAUGCCCUCGCGUCACUUAAAGGCCCAUUUCGGCCAGAAUUAACUAAUCAGGGUGCAGCAUUGGAUAGCUGGUGCUAAUGACCAGAGAUCGGCAAUUGGUAUGGAAGGUGUACAGAAACUAUUUCCUGUUUUUGUGGAGCAAACUUAAGUUUAGAAUUAGAUGGUUCAUGGGUAAUGUCAGAAAACAACUCUUCACCUCUGGUGAAAAAUUGAAACUAUCUUCAUUAAAAGAUUGCUUGUGGCUAAGUUAAUUGAAAAUUUCAAAACCAAAAUUAAUAGUUUUUUAUUUGGCAAGUUUGGUUGGUUGCAUUAAAAUGCAGAUCAGCUGUGAUAUAAUUGAAUGGUAGAACAGGCUCAAAGAGUUAAAAGGCUUACUCCUAAUGAUAAUAUGAAUUUUCUUGUUCAAAUAAGCUUGUGCAUGAAGAGUUUGGAAUCCUGGAUUUGUUAGUCUGUUAGAAUUGUUUUCACUGUGUGUGUGUGUGUGUGUGUGUGUGUGUGUGGUGGUGAGGAGGAGGAGGAAAAGGAAGAAAACCUGGCCUGAAGAGGCCAUGGUGACUGCUAGUGUAAAAGCAGUGUGUGCAGCCUUUUAAUGAAUAUAUGUGCAUCCACCGUCAAUGAAUGGUCAUUGCCUGUUGAUGAUAGUUUGAAUUAACGAACAGAAUUGAAGUCACAUAUGCAAAUGUUUUGCCAUGUUGAUAUUUUUGUUUACUAUUUUACAGAUUUCCUUUAAAAUGAUUAAUGGAUAAAAAUAACUUAUUUAAGAUAAAAACUAAGGAAAACUGCAAAUACUAGCCUGAAAAGAAAAAGAAGAAAAUGCUGGGAAUGCAAUGUAGGUCCAUCAGUGCUUGGAAAAGCAAAGGCUGCUAUUUGAGCUGCUCCCAGACCUGUUAUGUUUUUCUUUAAUAACUUGCUUGCAGUUGCCAGUUAUACAAAUAUUUAACAAAUUUAUUAUUUGCUAUAUUUUGUACAUAGAAAAUGAAUGGACCUACCUGCACUGCUGAUGAUGUUACUAACAAUUAAUUGAAAUUAAAACAUUUACUGUACCCUAAAUAUCCUGGCGCAAUUAAUUUAAUUAACAUUUGGUUACAAAUCAUUGUGAGAUUUACAGUGUGUCCGGUGGAGCUGAUAAUUGAUGUGUUGUAUGUAACCCUUUAACAGGAGCACUGACUAGACAGGAGCAUUAUUUUGUAUGAUCGAUAUCUUGCUCAUUCACCCUAAUUAGUAGUGACAAGAUGAAAAAGACUACUUCUGAGCACAAUUUGUAAUUUGUGUUGUAUGUAAACUGAAGUGAAAUCCCUUUGAACUGUAAAAUGCUGUAGCUUAGCCAACCUGGGGCAACUUUAUUUUAUUGAAAUUGAAUGUCAGGGAUUGUUGAGUCAAACUUUUAUCCUGCUUUCUGGCUUCCAGAAUUAUACAUUAUAUAAAUUACACAGUUCUCUUCUCUUCUCUGGGAAGUGCUUUGGGACAUUUUAUUACAUUAAGGUGCUGUAUAGCUACCAGAUGUUUUAUGAAUUGGCAACUGAAUCAAUGUGAGCCCCAAAACAGAGUUGAGUAAUAAAAAUAACAUAAAUUGAUCAGUGAUAUUAUGUUAUCUCAGGAUGUGAUCCUUGUAACAAAAAGAAAAAAGAUAAUUCAUGUGAAAUACCAGUUAUAUUCUUCCUUUCUGUUCCCUUUCAAAUCCCAAACAGAAGUAAUAAGAAAAACUCUUAAUAUAUUAAUUUUUUGAGUUAAAUUAUACUAGCUGGUGGAAUUGAUUCAAUCAGUUUGAUUAUUUAACAUGCUACAUCUCAUCAUGAAAAUCUUCUUAAAGUUCUGAUAAAAGUUUGUGGGAGAUUUUUGCUGGAUAAAAUUUUUGGGAAGAUAAUUAUCAUGGGUGAAAGACCAGAUCAACUCUCUAGCAAGUUGUUAUGGUAACUUGAUGCUCUCAGCUUUCUUGAGUUUGCUUUUUGAUGUGCUCCGAGUUGACUAAUCUCGGUCAGGGUAGCAACAGUUAGAGUGCAGUUAAUGACGUGGAGAGAGGAGAUGGAGAUUAACCUGGAUUCCAAAAGCUAACUGUGAUCUAAUAGACUCAGCAGAAAAAGCUCCCAUGUGGGCAUGCCUUGCAUCACACUAGAGAUUAGAUGCUCUUGAGGAGGCAGAUUGUAAAUCAGUGUUCUUGCACAAGCUGCUGAGGAGUCAGUUGUCAGCACUGGCCCACAAAUGCCCCCAUUGCUGCACAGGUAUAACAUCCAUUUGGCCUGGCAACCUGCAAUGCAAUUGAUUACUGUAGAUCACCCCAAUGUAGGUGGGUAGUAGGAAAAUCAGGGUGGAGUUAAUGGGCAUAUGAGAGAAAAUUUGUUACAGGAAAAAUGAGAUUGACAGGAUUGCUCUGAAGACUGGCAUAGACUAAACUGGCUGAAUGGCCUCCUUCAAGGCCUUAAGAAAAUAUAAAAAUAUGCUUUGAAAUGGCUGAGGCCAACCAUACCAUCUUGAUUCUUCUGUUAGUUUAGAAAACCCAGCUAGACCAGUGACUAAUUUUGGAUAGUCGUGAUCUGGAUGGCAUCUCCCUACUAACUGGUAAAUUUGCCAGUGGAAAGUUAAGGGCACAUAUGGAAAAUUGCUCAGCACUUUGUGUGAGUGAACAUAACUCAAAUUAAGGUCAGGCCUAAGGCUGCCUGUCGAAAAUUAUUGAACUAAAUAGAAAACAACUCCAGCUGACAGUAGGAGUUGCUAAUAAACCCUUACUUGCUAAUAGAGUAUGAAUUAAAGGGGAUUAAAAUAAUAACUUAAUUUUAGUGCUAAUAAUUAUUUUACAUGGAGCAGAAAGUGCGAUAUUGCAGCAAAAUCCACUGAUAGUUUGCUGAUGCUCUUAUCCUUCCUUUUUGCCCCUUCAAUCUGCUAGUUUAGGAAUGUACACCUCAAUAUUCCUGUUAAAUAUAUACACUUUGAUUUUAAAGAAAGACAAUUAGCUCUUAGCUACACUGGAAGGAAAUCAGUAUUACAUAAGAAUUGAGUUUGUAGUGGCAUUUAUAUUCCCAGUUGUUAGAACAGCCCCUAAUUAACACGCACCCAACAAGUUCCUUUGGUGCACUACUGAGAUGUAGAGAGUUGAACCAAUGUACAGCAAACCUAGAUUAUAUUCUCCUGGUGAAUGAUAUGCGAUGCCACUCAAGAGAACAGCUCUCAUACUCCUUCAUUUUACUAUCAGGAAGUGCGAAGCUUUCUGAUUAAUUAAUCCUUUUUCUGUUUUACCAGCACCUUUUAAUUUGCAUUUUUGAAAAAAAAUGUUAUAAAGCAUACUUAUGAUUUGUAAUUUGUUGUGUAUUAUAGAACCUGCUGCUGAAAGGCUUAUGUUUGAUACAUGGUACUUUGUGCUGCUUUAGUAGGUGGAAAUAAAUUCUUUAAAUUCAUUUAUUUAAUUUACUUGGAAAAAACAUUUUGUAAUGAAAAUGGGUUUUAUGAAGUGUAAUAUUUUUAUAGCACUAUGAUAACUAUAGGACUUUGUAUAUUAAAAGGAACUGCUCCAUAAGAUGAGUUUGUGUUCUGGUUUUCCUUAGUCUCUUGGUCUAGAUGGUACUUCCCUACUAUUUGGUAGCCUAACCUUACAGAUUACUUCAGUUAUUGCCAAGGUGCAAGGAUUGCACCUCCAAUAGGGUCAGCAGGGCCACACUCACCUCAGUUAGCCUGUUCGCACUGCUCCUGAUCAGGCUGCAUUUUGGGAUCCUUAAAGAGAAAACGCUGAAAGGCCACUUUGUUGUGAGGUACGCUCACUUCUUGUGAGCUGAG